AUGGGGAUCACAAUUGGAUUGAGGAUGGCUUGGGAAGAGGGCGCAAGGCAAGUUGAAGUGCAGACUGACUCGAGAACUGCUUUGGAGCUGAUUCGGGAGUCCGUUGGGACGCAUCCGCACCACAUCUUGAUCUCCCAGAUUCGGCAGCUUUUGAGUAGAGAUUGGCAGGUGGAGCUCAAGCAUGUUUACAGGGAGGGGAACGUGGCAGCAGACUUUCUAGCCUCGCUGGGCCAUUCUCUUAGCGUGGGCGAGCAUACGAUCACGGCACCAUCCCCGACGUUGAAUCACCUACUGCUCUAUGAUGUAAUGGGUAUCCAGACCCCUCGCUUUGUGUUAAGCUAA